CCCUUCUCUUUUUACCCAGAUUCCCAUGGCCCCAGGUCGCGAUCCCGGCGAGAAAGGGAGCACAAUGGGCGCCCAAGGGAGAGGGAGCGCAAAAGGGAGGAGCACAAGGUGCCCUACUUCGCAGAUGUGGCGAGGGAAGAGGACCGAGUGAGGAGACUGCGACAAAGAUCUCCCCGAUCCAGCAGACGCUCCCGAUCCCGCUCCAGAUCUAGAUCCCACUCAACCGGAAGGGAGAGCAGAUCCAGGAGGCAACGCCACCGCUCGCGGAGUCGGAACCGCAGCCGGAGUCGCAGCAGCAGUGACCGGAGACACCGACAGAGGAGUCCUCAUCGGUACCAUCCGCCGCCAAAGAUCAUCAACUACUAUGUCCAAGUGCCAGCACAGGAUUUCUAUGGAAUGUAUGGGACAUAUGCAAUGGGUCCACCGCCAAGAUUUGGCUACCAGCGGCCACCACGUCCUCCACCUUUUCCAGCUGCCUCCUACAGAUUCCGCCAUCGUCCGCCUUACCUGGGAGCGCCCCGAUUUGGCCACAGAAACGCGUGGCAGCCACCACAUUAAAAAAAACAAUAAACCAUUCGACAUAAUUACAAAUUUA